CAGCAGAUUUCAUCCGGGUAGCUAACAUCCGGCUGUCGGUGGUUCAGGCCAGGUAACAGCAGUUUGUGAAAAUGAAAGGCGCAUCAGGCGAAUGUUUGAUUUAAAAACCCUCACAAUCACAAGUGAGAUUUUGUGAAGGAAUAGAGGACAUGGACGGACAAAUUGUACAGGCUGUUUUGGACAAGGACUUAAUAUCUUCUGCGUCCGUUGGGAUGUCAGAGUUGUCUGAUGAGAUCCUGCUGUGUAUCCUCCGUCAUGUUCCCGUGUGUGACCUGCUGACAAACGUAGCAAAUGUUUGUCAAAAGCUGCACACACUUUGCCGUGACAAGACCCUGCUCGCAAACAUCAUGUUAUCUGAGGAAUAUCUGGCUGAUGACAAGUUGAUUUGCCACAUCCUGAAGCAGCUCGCCCAUCACGUGCAGUCUCUGAGCCUGAACGGCUGCUACUGGCUGUCUGCUUCCACUUUGGACGUUCUGGCACGCUGCAGAGGAGUGACACAUCUCGAUGUUACUGGCUGUCGCCUCACUUCUCUUUGUCUGUCACGCCUCCUGUCCUCUCUGUCUUCACUUAGGUCCCUGGCUUUCGAUGUGAGGCCGUGCUUCAACUCCGCUCUGCUCAGUUCAGAGGCAGUGGACACACUGAGCCGUGUGACAGAGCUCAGACAGACGCUCUUCACGCCGAGCUAUGGUGUGGUGCCAUGCUGUGCAAAACUUCGCAAGCUCAUGCUGCAGUUUGACAUCCCAGAUGUGACCAGAGAAGGUGUCGGUGUUUGCUGUCAGUUAAUGGUUGGUCAGAGCAGUGUGCCACAUUAUGAACAACUGGAGGAGUUCACGGCUAGGUUGGCUCCAGGAGAGGUAAACCAGACCCUGCUCCUCCUCUACCUGGCAGUGUUCAGCGUUCACAUUCCGAAGCACCUCAGAAUUUUCCUCGUGUCGAUUCCCGGUCCGAACCCGGCUCACUGGCCGGCUGCGCCCUCACUGGCUCAGAGUUUGGGCCAACGAGGCGACCUGGUGGCGCUGCAGCUCCCUCGGUCAUGGCUGGAUCCUUUGUCUCUGAAGCAAGCGCUGGAGGGAAACAGCCCGAACCACCUGAGCUUUAGCCGCUGCCCAAGUUUGUGGCCACAGGUGUUCCAGUCGCUGCUGAACGGAGGCGUCAGAGACGCCACGCAGCUGAUCAGCCUCAACCUCAGCGGCAUCAACCACGUUCCCUACUCUGAGUGCAGGAGUGUGGAAGACCAGCUGGUUGCUGGGACAAUGAGUCAGCUAGCUGUCGCUUGCUCCAACAUUAAACACCUGAACCUGAUGCACACACACUAUCACCAUGAAUGCUCACCUGGACUGGAUGGAGAGACUCACCUGUGUGCCAGCUUGGGCAAAUUCAAACAGCUGCGCUCUCUCACUCUGCCUGCCUGCGCUCUGUCAGACGGGGUGAGCGAGAAUCAUACCUCCACACGCCUCACAGCCUCCUCUCCGUUGUUCCAGGGGCUGAAGAAAGCUCCGCGUGUGGGUCUCCAGAAUUACACACCUGAUUCUGAACCUUCUCUGUCAGGGGACAGCACUUCAGGGCUGGCAUUGCUCAUAGCUGGUUGCCCAUUUUUAGAAACCUUGGAGCUCAUUGGACCAGGUUUUGCCUCAGUGCUGCCUCGGCUUGAGCCCUGCACUCGUGCGAGCGUGGAGCCUCGUGGCAUGUGCGCCUGGGCACGAGGAGUUGGAGAUUCACACUUAGCAACGCUCGCAGCUUUGCCUCGAUUGCGCUGUUUGACUCUAGCUGGUCUCCCUGGAGUUCUUCGAGGAACAGGACUGGUGCAGCUGGCCAGACGGUGCAGAGACCUACGAGUGUUAUCCUUGGCCAAUCUGGGCUCACUGAAAACUAUGAACUACACAGCUGCCUUACUGGAGACACUUAAACAGUGCACACAGCUGCAGGAACUCAGGUUAGACAAUACCUUUCUUCUUUUAUAA